UGAAUGUGGAAGAACUUGUGAAAUUUUGGAAAGAAGGAGUCCAGGGAAGAUAGCGAAAAUGCCUUUUUAUUGGAUGGCAGGAGAGGCCUGAAAUUAUACACUGGCUUUUUAAAAUGUAGCAUUGACAAGUACUAGACAACUCCAAAGAAUUAUGGGAUGAGGAGAAAAGCUGGCAGGUCCUGACUGGCUGGAGGCAGUUGCAUUCUGGUAGCUGAUUGGAUCCAUGGUGACACAGAGCUGUGUGUAUCUUCACAAAUCAUGAAUUCAUUGUAACCCUUGGUAGAAGUGGAAGCUUGCUUGAGGAACUUGCUGAGUAGAGCCAAGUCAUGCCAACUCAUCUGCUUGUGCUUUGGUUAAGAUGAGUGGGAAUGGGUUUGGGGGCCAUGGUGGCCUCUCUGCCAUGAGUGGAGUCAGUGGCAACAGUGACAUACUAUUUCAGGGUGGCACAGCUCCUGUUCUGAGAGCUCGAAGAUCCAGGGCUCAAGUUGAGAACAUUAUACCUUGUUGUGUGAAUCAUCUGCUCACAAUCACUCCGGUGAAGAGUGUUUUCAAGGUUAGGGGAAUAGUAGUUUUCCAGGUUUCAAUCACAGGGAUCAUCAGAAAGGCAGAGAAAGUGUCAAAUUACAUUCUUUACAAGAUUGAUGAUACGACCACCAAGCCUAUUGAUGCCCACCACUGGCUAGGCAGAGGUAAAGCAAAAUAGGAGCUGACUCCGUAUCAGGUGGAAGUUUAUGCUACAGUGUUUGGUAUCCUCAGUGGUUCUGCAGAGGUGAAGAUCCUUGAGGUAUUGCAGAUCUGCAUCCUGGAAGACAUGAACGAGUUCACCUAACAUAUUUUGGAAAUGGUCAGUGUGAACUUUGGGCAGAGUGCACUUGUUGCUCCAUACAAAGUGGAUCAGCCUCCAGAGUAUAUUGAGGCCAGCCCUGAGUUCAUCCAAAAGGAUGUGCUGCAUUUAAUUCAUGAGUGUCCUCAACAGGAAGGUAAGAACAUUCAGGAGCUCCAGACCGAGCUUUGCAGCCUGAGUAUUAAUGCCAUCAAGGAAGCCCUUGAAUAUCUGAUGGUCCAGGGCCAUAUGUACCCCGAUGUGGAUGAACAUUUUAAAUCUGCUGAGUGAAUCAGCAAGAAGUUUUUACAUUUCCUGAAGAUACCUGCCUCCAACUGUGACGAAGUUUGACCUGUUGACUUUUAGGAAGUAGGUGUUUUUAACAAAAGAUCUCAACUGGCAUUCCUUUGGAACAUCUCAGCUUUUCCAACUGCUUUGAACUUUUCUGUUUUUCUAACGAUAUUUGAAGCUCAGAGGGAGAUCGAGGUGGAUAAUUGAUUGGACUUUUACAGUUUUUACCAGCAAGGAAAUGAAAAUAUUUUCAAUCAGUUGAAUUUUGGGGAGAAAAGAUACAGAAAAGGUUGAAAAUUAUUAUUUAGUUGCAUGGGAGCUUCUUGUUUCUGAAAUAUCUAUAUAUUAGGCAAAAAUAGAUGCAGUCAUGGAGCCAGCUAAGAGACAAAAACAAUUCUGUUGUUUUUACAUUAGACUUAUUUUCUGUUUUGAUUUGGCUUAUUGUAGUCAUUGCUACCUCUUGCUAAAUCUAGCAAUUAAUUUAAAUGUGCUAAAGAUAGCAACUUGUGAAUUCAAAUGCUUAGUUCCAGUGUUUAUUGAAUGAUUUAUUUUUCUUACUAUAGGUUUAUUUUUUAAAAAAAUGAAAUUAUACUGUGUUAGAAUAAUUGUCAGUUUUGAAUGCUUUUCAAAAAUGUGAUUGUUUAAUGGAUAUUUCUUCAAAUAAGAUGUGAUAUUUGUAUUAAAUUAUAAUCUGUUGUAGUUAUGUGGUACAUUGGUGCUUGAUUUCUGUAAGUUUGAUGUUCCAAAGAAUUAUUAAUAGUCCUGAAUGCUCUAUUUUAUAUAUAAUAAGCUUUCUUUCUUAUAGGUUAUACAAACAAACAAAAUGUAAUUAUAGGAAUAUUAAGCUUAGUAAGUUUAACUGAAAUUUACUUGAACAUUUUAUUAAAAUACUUUUGUAAACUCUUUGUUGUG